AUGGGAAAGGGACACCAAGGCAAGUGCUUUGGAUUUGUCCUCUUACUAUGCUUCUUCAGUUCAACUUUCGCACGCAGGAUUCUUAAGGAUCUAGACCAUGUAGUGAAGCCUGGGAAGGUUAGUUUCAGCGAUGUGGAACCUGAGCACAAAGUCAAGCCUGAGUCCAUGUGGGGUGAACCAGAAGAGCCUGAGGAGCCUGAUUACAAAGAAAAGCUUAAUGAUGGUGACAAAGAGAAAAUUGAUGACAUAGAGAAGCCUGAUCAUAUAGUAAAGCCUAAUUACAAAGAGAAGCUUAAUGAUGGUGGCAAAGAGAAGAUUGAUAACAUAGAGAAGCCUGAUCAUAUAGUAAAGCCUACUUACAAAGAGAAGCUUAAUGAUGGUGGCAAAGAGAAGAUUGAUGACAUAGAGAAGCCUGAUCAUAUAGUAAAGCCUACUUACAAAGAGAAGCUUAAUGAUGGUGACAAAGAGAAGAUUGAUGACAUAGAGAAUCCUAUGGGAUUUGGCUAUGGCAUUGGUUAUGGCAGUGGAGGUAGUGGUUUUGGAGAAGGGAUUGGUUCUAGUGGGGGCAGUGGCUUUGGAGAAGGGAUUGGCUAUGGUGGUGGUUCAGGUGUUGGCAUUGGAGAAGGAAGAGGAUCCGGUUAUGGCCAACCUAACUGUGGUCCUGUCAAUGGAGGCCAAGGUAGUGGAUUCGGUGAAGGCAUUGGAAGAGGUAGUGGUUCAGGGGAAGGGAUAGGUAUUGGUAUAGGAGGAAGUGGGUCUGGUGGUGUACCUAGUGUAGUUGUCCCUCCAAUAAAUGUACCAGGCACAACAAUCCCUCCCAUAACUGUACCGGGCACCCAUAUUCCCGGUUUUGUGAUUCCAGGAAUGACGGUUCCUGGUUAUGGUUCUGGUGGAUGCCAAACCGGUGGGUGCACCCCAAGCGUGCCAAACUACCCUAAACCAAUAUAUCAACAACCAAACUGUCCACAUUGUCCUCCUUACGUUAGAGGACAAGACAAACACAUGUUAGAUAAAGGAACCAUGACUGAAGCUCUUGCACCCAUGUCAAAUGAGAUGCAUGAAUAA